AUGGUUUAUGAGUAUGAAGGAGGUUGGAGUGUUCACCUGCCGGAUGCUUUAUGGGCCUACCGCACCUCUUCAAGAAGUGCCACAGGUUUCUCGCCAUAUUCACUCGUGUACGGGUCCGAUGCCAUUUCACCAGUAGAGAUUACCAUCCCCACUGCCAGAACAGCAGCUGUUAACGACCUCGAAUGGGAUACAAAGUCAUGCUCGGAAUGGCGCCUGCUGGACCUUGAAGCCUUGGAUGAAAAAAGAGCGGUAGCCGAAAAGAAGACAGCAUUGUACCACAGAACCGUAGCUCAAGCCUAUAACAGGACAGUCAAGCCUCGCGCCUUCAAGCAAGGAGACCUCGUGCUAAAAGUUGCGGAGCAUGUGAGAAGACAAGUGUCGGGACCUUCCAAGUUUGCGCCACAAUGGGAAGGCCCGUUUGCAGUCAAAGAGGUUCACAGCAGCGGCUAUUAUCGCUUGGUCUCUGUCAAGGAAGGCACGCUGACCGACCCCGUCAAUGGGAAGUGGCUCAAGCUCUAUUACUGCUAA